CGAUAAUUUAUUUUCAUCAGGAUCAGUAAUUUUCACGAUCUGGAUCUUUAACGAUUGACUCAUUGCAUAUAUCUUACGGCUGGUAUUAAUUUCACGAUUGUUUUUGGUUUAGUGUAAAAAUAGUGGUCGGAGCAUCGUUAUCGUAUUUUAUUCUUUGUAAACAAAAUUUAGCAUUUUUUCCACUACAAAAACGAAAUGUCGAUACAAAUUUCUCAUUUUUUUACGAGCGCAGCGUUGCUCGCGCGCACCAUGGUGCUUCUCGGCGUGUGGACAUCAACUUUCCAGAUUUUUGAGAGUGUGCAGGGAGCUACUACUUCGGGUCGUGAAGCAUCUGCAUCAUUAUUGCGUGCAGACUUGUUUCCCGAGAGUGCUCCACCUCCAAAUCAAGGUACUCCCCCGCAAAACCGACCGGUGAGCAUGUUGUCGACUGCGGCGAGUAGUUUUUCUCACCAUGAUCACUUUACUACCGGCAGGGCAGAGGGUCUCCUUUUAUCGCCAGUUGAGGCAGAAAUCAAAGUGGACGUCCCUGCGACGGAAAUAGAUCUGUCGACUUCCGACGACCGGCUUUUGACCUUGGGCAAACCGAUCUUCCGCCGGCCCGGUACCAUGCAGCGGACCGAACUGCAGGAGCGUCGACAAGCAAGGUUGCCGUUCGGGUAUCGCGACAUCCUAGAAACGUACGACUCGGUGCCGGUGGAAGUUGAAAACACAGGUGCUGGGCUGCCGGCGUGGUUGUUUCGCGAGGGGACCUUCUACAAGCAGAGCGGCGGGGCCUUCGACUUGCCGGAUGAUUUUUUCAAAAGCACGAGCAGUCAAUCCUCAUCGGUCAUUGCGUCAAAUGAGCAAAAAAGAAGCUUUUCCGUCGGCCCCGCUGCUGUAGGGGGUGAAAACUGUAGCGGUGGUCCCCUGAGUUCCCGCUCAGUUAGUUGCCCACCAGAACAGGCUAGCAGGGUCGUGGAAGGAGGUCUGGGCAUGGGACGACCGCAGCAAAACGGAGCUUCCUCGUCUGGGGAUACGUCGCAACCACCACCACAGGGCGAUGCUCUUGCAAGUAACCCGAAGAACAUGCAGUUCCUCGAUGGUCUCGCCCACGUGGUUGCAUGGCGGUUCACUUUCGACCGACAGACCGGACGGCCCGUCGUGCUGUUUUCGAACGGAUUUCCGGAAACGGACGCGUACAAGCUGUAUGUGAAAUCCCAGGGCAAAGAUCGCCGCUUCGCCGGGACAGCCGGCCUGAAGGGUGAGUACAUGUUCAACCCAAAUGUGAACUUCCAGCGUUGCGAAUCGGGCCUGAUCGCCCCUUGCUUAAUCGAGGCGCCGCUACAGACCCGCAUGGUCUGCAUGGAUCCAGAGACGUUGCAAACGAAAGAUGUCGCUGGGAGAUCUCGCGACUUCAACCUGUUGCUUCAGUCUGCACGGGACUGGACCGCGCAAGGCCGCGCCGAGGCGGAUCGGUGUGAGCAAGUGGUUCCUCCGAUCGACAACUUUCCGCACGACAGGGUAGAUCCGGUGGGACGCAGUCAGUCCAGCUCGAUUCUGGUUGCCGAAGAGGUUUCGAGGGCGACGGACCAACAGCCCGCGACGUACCGAAUCAGUAGCGCCCCGCUGCUGCAGCGACAGCGCGACAUAAUCGCCUCUUGGGAGCAGCCGAAUCGGGAACUUCUGCGGACGGAAACUAACAGUUUGAGACAACUGCGGACAAAUGCGUCCAGGCCCGACGAGCCGUGCGUCGAAACUGCCAGCGCCAACGCAGGCUUGAGCAGAGCCUGGUGUUUGCUGCGUUUGAUCGGCAUCAGGCCACGAGAACGUGACCCUGAGCAGCAUCGCCAGCAGCAGGUGAGAGCGGCAGCGAAACAGGGGAAAUACGCGAAAGAUUUGGUUUUUCUCGCGUCGCAUCAACUCGAGGUCGCUUCCCGUCGGAACUACCACGGCGGGUUCUAUUUCCGACCGGGAAAAGAAUGCCAAAUGGGGUACCGGGUGUACCGCCUCUGCCACGAUGAGCCGGAAACCGUGACGACGUUUACGGACCACAACGGCGUGCCGCAGCCCCCGGAGAACCACCGGGCUAACCGGCACACAACGAGUUCGAACCGGUGCUGCCAGGUGCUCGCAGACGACGUAUUGUGCCGCGUGCGAUUCAAGGACCUGUGGCGCGGCCAGGUCCCGCCGGCGAACUGCCCGUGCAUGAUGCACACGACGAUCGAGACUGAAAAUUUUGUCGUGCUCGCGGAGACCAGUCUUCGCUGGCGCCCACACGCCACCUUGAGGAACAAGGCCGCCGGGUUGGCCCCGUUCAACAUGCUGAAGAGGUGGAAGACUCCCUUUUUCGAGCAGUUUGGGUUCGAGGAGUCUCUCCCCCUGGCUUUCCGGAUUUACCAAAAGAACCAGGUGGACGGCACAGUGAAGUUCGUGCGCCGGGUGGUGGCGGACCACCCGGGCCACAUCUUCCACGUGGCCAACGCGUACGAGGAGCGGCGGGACAGCGACCUGAAACAGCGGAUUGUGAUCGACGCCGACUUUCUGGACGGCUGGGCGUUCGGGCCCGGCCCGGACGUGCACGAGCAGGCCAUGGUGCGGUUCGAGAUCGAAUUUACGCCGAUGCCCUCCUCCGAGGCCGGGUUUUCUUCCAGUACGGAGGGCAGCGUGUCCGGGGAAGUGUACUCGGGCGCCCCGUCCGCGGCCUCUUCCACCACGCCCACCCCCGGCCAGUGGUUUGGGAGCUAUUUCGCCGCACCCUACAACCGAUCGAAUGACACGGGCACUCCCGGGUUCGCAUCCCCCCUACUUGGGUUUGGCGGAGGGCCUGCGGGACUACUAGCCGGCGCAGCUUCGGCGUCAAGCCGGAGUUCCGGCUCCUUUCCGUUGCUACGUGGGACGAACAACGGUGGCACCACCACCACUGGGGCUCGUCCUCGGGGGAGUAGCAGUAGCAGCAGCGCAGCAGCGGGAGGUGGACCCGUCUUACCGCAAUCGCCGACGCCCAGCCCGGUACCGCCAGGUAGUAGUACAACCGGAGCAGGGGCGGGACCGCAGCCAGGACAACAUCAACCAGGAUCGCCACCCCCUCCACGGUCGUUUAUGUCGAGCCAUCCGAGCUUUUUCAUCACCGAUCGCGUGCAGAAGAAAACGAUUCUCACUGACUCCCCGGGUUUUCCGGUGAUCAACCCGGCGUUCUUGCGGAAAAAGCACCGCUACGUCUUCGCGGUGACGGAUAGUGAGUUUUCCAGUAUUUCGCAAAUCGACACCCUCGCGCAGACAACGACGGUGUGGAGACUGGCCCGGGGAAACGACCACCGCUGGCAGGUGUCCGAGCCGCAGCUGGUGUGCCGGUACACGCAGGCGCUGCCAGAGGUGGAGCUGGACGGGGUGCUCUUGGUCCCGGCAAACGACAUGACGGAGGAAGUCAGCUAUUUGCUUGCUUUUGACCCGAGGACCAUGCAAGAACUCGCCCGGAUUCGGAGUAAAGUGGACGUGAAUUACGGCUUGCACAGUCAAUACAUCGGCCCGGAACCGGUGGACGAACUACCUUUGAAGUUUUGAUGAGACAAUUAUGUCACUGACAUCGUGACCUGAAUGACCACAAAGAUGGUACUGAAAGGACUGUGAGAUCAAUGAGAAUACAGACGAACAGAAGGAGAGAAUUUGCUUCUUCUUGCACUUAGAAAAGUUACUUAUCGCAGAAGACAGAGAAAGCUCGACGUCGUGGGUUCUCUUACAGUAGUAGGAAUGUUGCAUAUGGAACGAAUGCUUCGGGAUAAAAUACGCACAGAAACAACGCAUACUUACGCGCAUACAUUUUGCUUCAUUUUUAUCUAAAGCUUGACGAUAACGCAUUUUUUGAGAAAAGGCACUCACUUUUGCGACAACGAAGAGGCGAU